AUGGCAGAAACUGAGACGUGCCAUUUGCUAGAGCAACACAUUGAACAUAUUGUACAACGGCAGGAUGAAGGACUGGAUUCCACCAAAACGCGGAGUUUAGGUUUGGCGGCUGAUGUCAAGGCACUGGGUGGUCCGAGAAGAGGAGCGGAGGGCACGGUGGGUGGCUAUAAUCACUUGCUGGUAGACCAACUGUCAAGUGACACCAUUCACUUCUCUGACGAUGGCAACAUGAUGCAUCCUCAAAAAUUUCAAGCUGUGACAUAA